UCGUCUCGACCCACAAAUCGAUUUAAGAACACUUAGAAUGGAGGAGGGCCAAGUUAUACCGGUUAAGGUUGCUCUCCGGAUCCGCCCCCUGGUGAGCAAAGAGACGAGGGAGGGUUGUCAGGUAGCUCUGGAGAAAGUUGAAAACGAACCUCAGGUUCAUAUUCUUAACACGAACAAGUGCUUCACAUAUGACUACGCCUACGGAGAUGAAUCUGAACAAGAACAUGUUUACCAGGAGGCGAUUAGACCUAUCCUUGAAAACCUUUUUAAAGGUAUAAAUGAGAGAGUUCGAAAAACAAGCUGUCAUGACAAGCUGUCAUAG